ACUCAUUUACAAUAGAUGUUAGAUAUAGGAAUUUAUCAAGAAAAUCCAUUCAGUAUUCCUCACGCCGCCAUGAAGUUGCUUACUCUCGUCCUGGUCGCAUGGGCCUUUAUCGGGUCAGCUUACGGCCAGACUACCGUCAAUGGUGUUCCAGCAGCACCUGGUUCUUUGAUUUUCGAAGACAAUUUUGACAAAUUGGACUUUUCUGUCUGGCAACAUGAGAAAACCAUGUCUGGCGGCGGGAAUUGGGAAUUCCAAGUUUACGACAACUCGCGUACCAACAGCUUCACCAAGGACAGUAUCCUCCACAUCAAACCCACCUUGACCGAAGACCGUUACGGAACAGGUUUCGUAACCACCGGUACGCUUGAUUUGAACGGCGGUGCUCCUGCUGAUGAGUGCACCAAUCCAUCGUUCUAUGGUUGCCAACGAGGCGGAGGCAAUACUAUCAAUCCCGCCAUGUCCGCACGAAUUCGUACAGUUAACUCUUUCUCUUUCAAGUAUGGCCGCGUUGAAGUACGUGCUAAGAUGCCGACUGGAGAUUGGUUGUGGCCUGCCAUCUGGCUUUUGCCUAGACACAAUGCCUAUGGAACAUGGCCAGCUUCAGGAGAAAUCGAUUUGGUCGAAUCAAGAGGCAACCUUCGUUUAAUGCAAAAUGGUGUCAACAUUGGCGCAGAGCAAGCCGGUCAAACGCUUCAUUGGGGUCCCUAUUGGCCUUACAACGGGUAUGGUAACACUGCCUGGACUAAAAAUACCGUUCCCGGGUACAACACCGACUUCCAUCGCUACCAACUGGAAUGGACACUAGAUUAUUUGAAGUUUAGCAUCGAUGAUGUUGAAACUGGACGUAUUACACCUGGCGCUGGUGGCUUCUGGGAACUCGGUACGUCCACCGGGGCUUUCCCAACUACUAUUGAGAACCCAUGGCGAUUCGCCUCCAAAAUGGCUCCUUUCGAUGAAGAGUUUUACUUGAUUAUCAACUUGGCUGUUGGUGGUACCAAUGGUUUCUUCCCGGAUGACGCUGUCAAUGAAGGAGGUGCUCCUAAACCGUGGGCCAGUUCCUCGAGCAACGCCCUCGGUGAUUUCUGGAAUGGACGUGCCGGUUGGUACCCAACAUGGCAGGCUGCCGGAGAAGAUGCCGCCAUCCAAGUCGACUAUGUCAGAGUCUGGGCUUUGUAAUAAUCCGCAGAAAACCACCAUUGCCUUUUUAAAAUUUUCCAUCUUAAAGUGUGAUAUGUAUCUCGUAGCACACAAUAAACCUGCAUUGCAUAAACAUA